CUGUCUCUUCCAGCCAGGGAAGUCAGGGGAACAGAGCAAAAGUUGAUAUUCGUAUUCAUGGCAUCCAGCAGCAGACUGAGAUCACUGCAAGAUGGUGGUGGUGGAUAGUCUUCCGAGUCCCGAUUGUCGUUCAUCGAUCAGGUUUGGGCCGACAUUGUGCCGCCGCUGCCGGUCCUGACUCGACACCCAUCGACACAAUCGUUGGACGGGCGCAGAUACAGUCUUGAACUACCACAAAAUUCAGAGUCCACGUAUGAGGCCACCUCUCCCUUGUAUGUCGCAACUACUAAGCCCUAGAGGGUAGCAUCACCAUGUCGAGUCCUCGGGAAGGACAGCGAACAAGCUCGGGCAUCGCAGAAAAAAGCGCCCAUCUUCUUGCUCUUCCAGAGCUGUUAUUAAUAAUACUUGGAUAUUUUACGGACGACGCAGACAUCAUCUCUCUCGCAUGCGUCUGUCGACGUCUCAAUGACGUCUCUUUAUCCUAUCACUUGGAUUCCGACUUGGAAGAGAGGUUCCUUAUAUUUGGAUCGUGCUUCCUUCCCUAUACUUUUUUCAGGAAGUUACGCCUUUGUUUUUUCAAGCCGGCGUUCUCCUUCAUCGACUGUCAUUUCUCUGACAACGCUGCAGAGGAGAUACGGGAGGUCCUUCGCUAUCUUGAUUCCAUUGAAAUCGAUCCCCCCGAAGUCUCUGUCGAUUUGUCAGAUGUAUGCCCUCAUACCGUAAAAUCGAUGCCUCCCGCAGAGCUUGAGGCCUUCUUUCGAGAUCUACAGCAGUUAAAUUGUCGAGAUUUGACUCCAUUCGUGGACCUCCAACAAGAGCCGGAGGUAGAAAGCGUGCCAUUCGUUGGCUUCCAUCCGCCGCCGCUUACCUCGUUGGGUACAGUUACGCUGUAUCCGCAGCCCAAGCACCUCGCUGAUUGGUUAGUUCGAUCAAUAAACCAGUCGUCUGUCAGGAUGAUGACAGUCUGUGACGCCGCGUCAACUCUUACAAAACUGACACUUCCUCGCCUACGUGAACUGAUCUUCCAACGAGGACGUAUCAGCACCGAUGACCUCUACCUGUUCCUGUUGCGCCACACCUCUAUUAAACAUAUCACCAUUCAUGCAAGCGUGGAACUCCUGCCUUUGACAGAGCAGAUCCACAUCCAAUCCCUUCCAAAACUAUCCCAAAUUUGUGCUCCUCCGGAGGUCUUAACGCUCCUCUCGCCACAGCUUUUGUCCGCCGUAAGGGAUAUACGCUUAGAAGCAUAUCUAAUGUCGAUGGAUGCAGAACAGUUUGUUCAUAAUCACCAAGAAGCGCUCUUGUUUGUCUCUCAGCUACCCAAUGCCUAUAGCUUGACUAUCUGGCUCGGGCAUCUCAUCUCCACUGGCACCGUAUGGGCGGACUUUGUGUUCCCCGACUCGUACGGGCUCCAGCGAGCGGAGCAACGCUUAGUCAACAUUACAACGCUUUGCAUCGCUGAUCUCAUAUCGAUACCCGCGUUUCAACUCGCAGAAGCCGUUGCGCGUUUUCCCAAUGUGCAGGAUCUUCACUUCUGGAAUGAGCCUGAAUACUCUCUGUUGUGUGCGGAGAAGAUAAUGACUGCGUGCCCAUCAUUAAUCACCAUAUCUACGGCGGAGAAGGAAUACAAUCGCGUGUCCCUGUCGGGACGUUAAUAGACGACCGUUGAACUUGUGACGGGAAUGUAGAACUUGAAGCAGUAGUACCUGGCAUUGGCUAAAAUGGUAACCAACUUUCCCUGACUCCCAUGCCCUUAUUUCUAUAAAACCCCAAAAUAAAUGAUCUUGAAG